UAUGUAUGUAUAUGUAAUACACAGUGUAGUGUGAUUUCAGUCACGUCGUUAAGAUUAUAGAUCGUUUGUUAUAAAUAAAAUAAAAUAUUUUAAUUGUUUGAAAUGUGUUAUCUUUAUUUAAAUAUAUAAUUAUAAGAAAGAAUAUUUAUAAGUAUAAGUAAAUAAAGAUUUACGUUACUGGUAGCACGUAGACUAGUCGAUGUUAUAAAAAGUGGAAAAAUAUCGCGGGGACGCGCGGUAUUUUAUUAUCAAUUUCAAAACGUGAUUGAAAAGUAUACCAGUGAACUUAAUCAUGAAGAUUGAAUCCAGUGAAAAUAUGUUUGGAAUAUUAUUAUUAUUUACCGUGUUUUCACCUUCUAUUGUACAUUCUAAUUAUUUUAAUACAAACAAUGAAAAGAAUGAUCAAUGUUUCUGUAAGUUGAAAGGAUCAAUAGAUGAUUGUAGUUGCAAUGUGGAUACAGUGGAUUAUUUUAAUAAUAUGAAAAUUUAUCCAAGAGUUCAGAGUCUUCUAGUCAAAGAUUAUUUUCGUUUUUAUAAAGUAAAUUUAAACCAUGAAUGUCCUUUUUGGACUGACGAUAGUAAAUGUGCUAUAAGAUAUUGUCAUGUACAACCUUGUCAAGAUGAAGAUAUUCCAGAUGGUUUAAAAGGGGAUAUGUUGAGAAAUAUUCAUUUCAAUGAAAAUCCUAUGGAUAAAUAUAAAAUCAGAGCACAGUAUGAUGAUUGUUUAUAUAGUGCGAAAGAUCAUAAUAAAGAACUUGGUUAUUUAAAUACAACAAUUAGUUCAGAAAACUACAAAGAUUUUGAAUUAUGGCAACAAUAUGAUGAUGCUCAAGAUAAUUUUUGCGUAAAAGAGUCAAGUCCUGGAGAAUAUGUAGAUCUUUUAUUAAAUCCUGAAAGAUAUACAGGUUAUAAAGGUCCUAGUGCACAUAGAAUAUGGAAAAAUAUUUAUAUGGAAAAUUGUUUUAGACCUGAAAAUUCACCACAUAAUUUUAUUCAAUCUUCAAAAAUAAAUGGGAUGUGUUUGGAAAAGAGAGCUUUUUAUCGUGUUAUAUCAGGACUUCAUGCUAGUAUUAAUAUUCAUUUGUGUUCAAAAUAUUUAUUAUCAUCAAAAGACAAUUUAGGAAUAGUACCUGGUGGCCAGUGGGGUCCUAAUUUACAAGAAUUUCAGAAAAGAUUUUCACCAGAGGAAACAGGAAGUGAAGGUCCAAAUUGGUUAAAAAAUUUAUAUUUUACUUAUUUAUUAGAGUUAAGAGCUUUGGCUAAAGCUGCACCAUAUUUAGAAAGGGAAGAAUAUUAUACUGGUAAUAAAGCACAAGAUAAAGAUACUCGUUUGGCAAUAAAUGAUAUUUUAAAUAUUAUUAAAUCAUUUCCCGAUCAUUUUAAUGAAAGCGUUAUGUUUACUGGCGGAUCUGAAGCCCUGUUAUUAAAAGACCAAUUUAAGCAACAUUUUAGAAAUAUUUCUCGUAUUAUGGAUUGUGUAGGUUGCGAUAAAUGUAAAUUAUGGGGAAAACUUCAAAUACAUGGUUUGGGUACAGCAUUAAAAAUUCUCUUCUCAGGAAAAUUUGAUAGAUGGGAAUCAACUUUAAAUAAUUUUAAUAGAAGGAAAUUUUUUUUAGAAAGAAGUGAAAUUGUUGCACUUAUAAAUGCUUUUGGAAGAUUAUCAGAAAGUAUUUUUGAAUUGGAUAAAUUUAGACAAAUGAUAAGAUAGCAGAAUAUUGAUUAAUAUAUUUUAUAAUUAACUCACUCUAGUAAAAUACAUCACACAAAUCGAUAUAAUCUUUAAUUAUAUAGUAAGUUUAUAAAAUAAUGAAUCUAUCAGUUACAAAUUGCUAAAAAAUGUUAUAUUCAUAUUUAAAAUACGGCAUAAAGUCGCAAUAAAAGUUAUUAAGUUUAAUAUAUAAUCUUUUAUAUAUUUUUUAUUUAAGAUAAAAAUUAAUUUGAUAUUAUCAAGUAAAAAUUAUAACCCAGUAAUAUAUAAUAUUGAUCGAAUUAAUAAAAAAUAAUGUCAAUUCUCAUAUCAUUGUAUUAUCUUAUUUUAUUGCGAUUUUAUUGAUAACUUCAACUCUAUCUGUGAUAAAUAUUUUGUCUUUAGAAAAGAGUCUUCUACCAGUUCUGAAAAGUAUAUAGCCUAUUCAGUUUUUAAAAAAUUAAUUUUUAUUCAACGAACAUUAAAAUUUUUUUUAAAAAUAUAUAUAUUUAUAUAUAUACAUAUUUUAUAUAUAUAUACGUAUAUAUACAUAUAUACAUAUAAAUAUAUCAAAUCCAAGUUAUAACUUGUUUCUUUAAAUUUAUUUUUCUUUUACUAAAAAUUAUUAUUAAUGUAGACUAUUACAAUUAUAUUGUUUUAUUGAUAAAUAAUGUUGAUUACUAAAAUUAUUAUAAAAUUAUUAUAAAAAAAGAUAGAUUAUAAUGCGUUAUGUUAAACAAGAUAUGCAUUACAAAAAUCGAGAUAAACCAAUUUUAUAUAGUAAUGUAUACAUUUUUUAAAAAAUCUUAUAUUCUAUGUUUUUAUAAUAUUGCUAUAAUGAAAGUGGCAAAGUUUCAUAUUAUUUUCCGACAAAUUUACAAUAUACAAAGAGAAAAUACCAGUGUACUUAUUAUAUUUCUAUGUAUUCAUAAUAAUUCAUAAUAAUUUGUACAAUAUUAUUAUAUAUGCGUAAAUAUAAUUUAUUAUUGGUACAACAUUAUACUAUUUCCAUAUUAUAAAAAUAGUAAUAUUUAUUUUAAUUUCUUAAUUAAAUAUGUAAAAAAAACAAUAUACGUAUAUUUUAAAAGACUUUAAUAAUCUUGAAAAUACUGAUAAUUAAAUAUACAGAAUUUAUACGACUUAUUUAGAUGUUAGAUAAGUUUAUUAUUCAGUUUUUUGAAACCAUAUUAAAAUUACAUUAAGUUGUAGAUUAUAAAAAUGUAUCGAAUAAAAAAAUUUUUUAUUAACAUUCAUAACUAAUUACAUGACUCUAAAUAAAUCAUAUAUUAUAAGAAGAGUGUGAAAUUUCAUUAUAUUAUAUGACAAUUGUAAUAUAAAUUUAACUACUGCGUUAAAAAAAAUGUAUAUUUUACGUGUAUACAUGAAUUAAUGUAAUUCUUAUUAUUUUAUUUAUAACCUGAACAUUUUUUAUGUAAUCUGCUUAUAUCUAUGAAAAAUCUAUGAUUAUAAAAGGUAACGGGUUUCAAAUAUAAUGUAUGAAUUCAAA